AUGGACGAGCGGCUGCUCCGCGCCCUCGGGGGUCUCAGCCUGGGGCCCCAGAGGGGCCGCGGCGGCGGGAGGCUGGUGCUGCUGCGAGGGCUGCCGGGCGCCGGGAAGAGCACCCUGGCCAGACAACUGAAACGUGACUAUCCCAGUGCUGUAGUUCUUAGUACUGAUGACUUCUUCAUUGAAAAUGGUGUAUACAUGUUUGAGCCUGACUUCCUAGAGGAUGCACACAAAUGGAAUCAAAAAAGAGCACGCAAAGCAAUGAAGAAUGGGAAAAGCCCGGUUAUUAUUGACAAUACCAACAUCCAUGCUUGGGAAAUGAAGCCGUAUGUGAUAAUGGCACGUGAAAAUAGAUAUGAAGUUACGUUCCAAGAACCAGAUACACCCUGGAAGUUCAAUGUUCGAGAACUGACAAGAAGAAAUAUUCAUCAUGUCCCUCGGGAAAAGAUACAACGGAUGAAAGAACAAUACGAGCACAAUGUUACCUUCCACAGUGUUCUUCACUCUGAAAAACCAAGCAGAGAUGAGGGAAGCUACAGUGGACCAAAUGCAUCUUAUGGCAUGGGUACCCAUUCCAAUCCUCUUUCAGACUUCUCAAGGAGAAGACCUCACAUGACACGUCCAAACAACAUGACAUUUAACUGAAGAGGUGAUUCCUUGGUGUGUUUUAAUUAUCAGGGUAUAAAAGACUCUAGUUUUAAAUUUUUUCUAAACUGUUUGUGUUUUUCUACUACAUUUCUAAAUUACUUUUAUUUCUUACAAAUCUUUAAAUGGCAUUGGUCUGUGAUCUCACAGCUCUACAUGACCAAUCUAAGAACACUGUCCCCAGUACAAACUGUACUCCCUCUCAUCCCUCUUCCACCAGGAAAAUCCA